AUGGCGUCGUCGUUGCAGCUGGAUCUCAGCAGCGAGGAGGUUUUUGCGCUCGUCGAGGCGGGCGUCAUUUCAGGCCAAACAAUCCACGACGCCUAUCGUGCAGAAGCAGCAUCGGCCGGAUGGCCUCGCAGCGACUUGCCUGAGAUUGACGUCUUGGAGUCUUUGGUGGCGAAGGGCGUCCUGACGAACGAGGGCGUCCUUGACUGGAUGCAGUCGGGCGUGGUGACGGCGCAGACAGGACCCGCUGGCGGGCGUUCGUCGAAGCCUCGCCGCCGCCCGACUGAUCCGAAGGACAAGGCGCCUUGGUACAUGCGCGGCUUGAAUGCCCCCAUCUUCGCGAAGACAGACCUCCAGCCGGAGCUGGCGUUGCUUUCGCGCCAGGGCAACUGCGUCGCGCAUGGCAUCGGCCACGUGAUCGGCAAGGCGCUGGAUGCCGUAGCAUAUGCGAAGAUCUUCCCUGCCGCCGCUUCGCGUGGCCGCAAAUACGUGGACGUCGCCGCUGCGCUGGGCGUUGGUUGGCAGGAGGCGCCUGGGCGGGCUUGCGUCGUCGGCGCGUCGGAGAGCGGGCAGGCGCGCUCGAUCGGUCGUGCUUAUUUUUGCGAUCAUUCCCUUGGACAUUUCGAGGGCUUCGACGGUCUCAUGCCGCCGACCGUGCUAGCUGCCGCUGGCAAUGCCAUGCUGACCUUGGAAGGGUUGUUCAGGUCCUUCAAGGCGCCUGUCGCGCGCAAGGACGCGGACGUACUGAAUGCGAUCGAUUCGUCCAUCAAGGAGGCCUUGGCGCAGAACAACAACGACUUGCCGAGUGCAAUGUUGACUUUCCAUGACAACUGCAUGUUCAACAAAGGCAAUAACUUGUUGAAAGCAGGGAGCGCCGCGCCUGGCAGACAGAGCGAACCGGGCGGCGACGGCGAGGAUGCAGAGGGCGCCCUUGCAGCCCCUGCACCGGACACGAGCAAUUCGGCUGACAGCUGGUUCGUGCUAACGGCUCAGACCGUAUCCAAAGUGUCAACUAAGCUUCAGUAUGAGUUGUUGGGAAACAAGUUGGUUCCUUAUUUCAUUGAGUGGUGUUCAACUGACAUGCAGCGGGUUCCAGGAUGCGCGUGCGCUGACUGCUGCGUGUUGUACGAUCGCAGCGCUUUCGAGAACGUUUGCUUGUUGUCGUCUCGUUCACCAGAGAACAACAUAUAUCUCGGCAUCCCGACACCUCUGCUGGACCCGGUGCUUGGCGCCGCCAUGGAGCGCGUUCAGCGCGUGUAUGAGCAACUUUUUUGGUCUAUACCCGAAUCGUUCGUCUUCGGCCAGGCAGCGCAGGCAUUGGCCAAGCGCGGUCAAAACAUCGAUCAAAUAACUGUGUAUUGGGGGCCGGGCGGCGUCGGCCUAUCCUUCUACACUUCGCACUUGCACGCGAUGUACGGCGAUGAGAACCACAAGUUCUUUGAUCCGAAUAUAUGUUUCCAGGGCGAGGAGAUGCGGAAGGUGGUGGAACUCUUGGUCGGCGGCUGCAUCUUCACCGGCCAGGAGCGGCCCUCGGGGCAGAGGAGUAGCAUGCGCCAGGACUUACUCAAGAAGUUCGCCACGGCCGACACCAUCGCGGGGAGACUGCCGUACUCCAUCUUGACGAAGAUGUACAGGAUCAUCGGGUGGAAGCGCAUGGAGGUAAACCAGUUCUUCACUUUCGACAACGUCAACGAGCGCAACCUGGAGUCUAUUGUGCGCCGCAUCGCCAUCAUCAAGAUGCAGUCGCGGUUCUUUGACAAGCUCUACGUUGAUAAGAUUAUUCUCGCCGACCCGAGCAGAUACGGCAUCUUCGCGCGCGAUCCCGACGCCAAGGACUUCAUGAUUAGCGGGGCCGCAGUUGCGGCAGGCCAUAAGAUUCAGUACGCGUUCGAGGUGGAGAACGGGCCCGACGCGUGCAGAGACAUUUUGGUGAACUACACGAAGUGCGGCGGUGACCAUGGAGUAACCGAGAAAUACGUCAGGAUCGCUUGUCAUAUCAAGGCGGCCGACGCUGCGGAAUCAGCGGCGAGCGCUGUCGCCGAGGGCUUGGUUGACCCGCCGUCCCAGGACGGCCAUUUGCCGAGUUCGCCGAUAGUCCUUCUCAGCAACCAUUUGGUGAAGGAGCUGCAGCGGAAAGGAUUGAACUACUUGACUUACAGCGUGUUCCGAGCGUCUGCAACACCUCCCGGCGCUAGGCUGAAGGGUAACAAAGAAGAACAAUGGGAGUCGUUGAAAGGCAGCGACUUGUGGAUCGACGUCGGUUCCAAGGGCAAGGCGGAAGAUCGUCUGAGUCCGCGCGUCAAGACUCAGAGAGACGCUUCGAUUCUUUGUUCACGGCGGCCGCCAUGCUGCGAUGCGAUAUACCCGGAGCAUUGCGGCGCAUCGGCGCUGGAGGCGGCGCGGUGUACAUCCAGAUUGGCCAACGAGAAGACUUUGGCAGGCGCGUUUAACGCGCUCGCAUCGGCGAUUGCUCCUGCGCGGGGGCGGCCAGCGAAGGGCGUCCUCGAGAGGAUCGAGAGUUUGGAUGAGAGGGCACAGAAGAUUUUGUCAAUGACAGAGACGUCGCAGCGGCUGCUUGACCGGAGUAAGAGGUCGGCCGACCUCGAGGUUAAGAGAAGGAAGUUGGCCUCGAAGCAGCCGAGCGUUGAGAAGUCUCCAACCCGCCAUACUGGAAGGAAAGAAACAGUCCCGCUUGACAGCUUCAAGAGCUACAGGCGCGCAGUGGAGUGGCCGUCUCGGCAGUACGUCAACGAGGAGCUCUCGGCGCAGGCCAUGGACCAACGAUAA